CUCUUCUUCCCAGGAAAUCUGCACGUCAAAUUGAUCAAGCCAUCCUCAUGGAGCUAAGCGCAGCCACCCUCCUCUUCCUCUCUGUCAUCUCACUUGUGAUUCUCCUGUCCUUCCUGAGACCAAGCUCCAAGAAGAGGCGGCCUCCUGGCCCAUCGUGUCUCCCUUUGGUCGGAAGCCUCCAUCACCUCCUCACGUCGCAGCCGCAGGCCGCCCUCCGGGACCUGGCCAAGAAGUACGGCCCGGUGAUGUACCUCCGGCUGGGCCAGGUCGACGCCGUCGUGGUCUCCUCGCCGGCGGUGGCACAGGAGGUGCUCCGGGACAAGGACCUCUCCUUCGCAUCGCGGCCAAACCUUCUAGUCUCGGAGAUCUUUCUGUACGGGAGCCGUGACGUCGCCUUCGCGCCAUACGGCGCGUAUUGGCGGGUGCUGCGCAAGCUCUGCACGGUGGAGCUCCUCAGCGCGCGAAUGGUGCGGCAGCUCGCGCCCGUCAGGGAUAACGAGACCUUGUCCUUGGUCAGGAAUGUCAGCGCCGACGGCCGAGGCGGCGAGCCGGUCAAUCUCGGCAGGCUGCUCUUGUCCUGCUCGAACACGAUCACCGCAAAGGCGGCGUUCGGCCAGGUGUGCAGUGGCGAGCUGCAGGAGCAGUUCCUGUCGGCACUCGAUGUGGGGCUGAAGAUUAGUGGGGGGUUCUGCGUCGGGGACCUCUUCCCGUCGCUGUGGUUCGUCGACGUCGUCACUGGGCUGAGACGCCGGCUGUGGAGGGCGCACCGGCAGAUGGACGCCGUUUGUGACAAGAUCAUCGAUCAUUGCGAGGUGCAGCGAGGUGAUGACCUUGUGAGCGUCAUGCUUAGGAUCAGGGACGAGGGAGAGCUUGAAUUCCCAUUCAGCGUGACAAACAUGAAGGCAGUCAUAGUGGAUAUGUUCGCAGCAGGGACGGAGACGACGUCGUCGGCCGCCGAGUGGAUCAUGUCGGAGCUUAUGAGGAACCCGGAGGUGAUGGCCAAGGCACAGGCCGAGGUGCGACGAGCAUUCGACAACAAGAGCCCACAAGACCAUGAGGGCCAGAUGGGCAAGCUAUCCUACACAAGGAUGGUGAUCAAGGAGGGCAUGAGGCUGCACCCGCCGGUGCCGCUGUUGGUCCCCCAUCUCUGCCGGGAGACCUGCGACGUCGGCGGUUUCGAGGUCACAGAGGGCACCAGGGUCAUGGUCAAUGCAUGGGCGAUGGCAAGGAGCCCUGAGUACUGGCCCGAUGCGGAGAAGUUCAUGCCGGAGAGGUUCGAGGAUGGUACUGUGGACUACAAAGGCUCGCAGUUCAAGUACCUGCCAUUCGGGAGCGGGCGGAGGAUGUGCCCUGGUGAUAUCUUUGGACUGGCUGUGCUAGAGCUCAUCGUCGCACGCCUUCUCUACUACUUUGACUGGAGCCUUCCGGCCGGAAUGCGGCCGGAUGAGCUUGACAUGGACAUGAUCGUUGGCGCAACGGCGAGGAGAAGGAACCAGCUGCACUUAGUGGCGUCGCCAAAUAAGGUGGUCCCCGUGCAAAGCUGAUCGAUGUGUAAGUGCAGUGUGAUUACUGUUGGUGGUCAACUUUCACACUUGUGCUCAUGUGCCUCGCGCAUCUCUUGUUUGUCCAGGGGAAUGGUGGACUAAUAAAUAAGUAACUACUACUCGUUAAAAGUUACAGUGGACGUUAUUUAGGACAUUGGCGAGUCCUACAAUGUCACACUUUGACCAUCAAUUUGUACCAAUACAUAUGUUGCGCCAGAUGAGAAAAAGUAUACAUUAUGAAAGUAUAUAUCAUAAAUCGUGACUCAGUGGAAGUAUAUUUGACA